UGCGCGGAGCGUGCGGCGGGGAGGGAGGACUUGUGUGUCUGUGUUGUUGUUCGGCGGCGGCGGCGGCGGCGGCGGUGGCGGUAAGAUGGCGGCGCACGGGGGCUCUGCGGCCUCCUCGGCGCUGAAAGGGUUAAUCCAGCAGUUCACCGCCAUCACGGGUGCAAGUGAAAGUGUGGGGAAACAUAUGCUUGAAGCCUGCAACAAUAACCUGGAGAUGGCUGUCACAAUGUUUUUGGAUGGUGGAGGAAUAGCUGAGGAACCUAGUACCAGUUCAGCUAGUGUAUCUUCUGUCAGGCCACAUACAGAAGAUGAAGUACGAGCUCCAAUUCCUCAAAAGCAGGAAAUAUUGGUAGAACCAGAGCCCUUAUUUGGUGCUCCUAAAAGACGGCGGCCUGCUCGUUCAAUAUUUGAUGGCUUUCGAGAUUUUCAGACUGAAACUAUUCGGCAGGAACAAGAGUUGAGAAAUGGAGGAGCAAUAGAUAAGAAGCUCACUACCCUUGCAGAUCUUUUCCGACCACCUAUUGAUCUUAUGCAUAAAGGCAGCUUUGAAACUGCCAAAGAGUGUGGUCAGAUGCAGAACAAGUGGCUCAUGAUCAACAUCCAGAAUGUGCAAGACUUUGCUUGCCAGUGCCUCAACCGGGAUGUCUGGAGCAAUGAAGCUGUGAAGAACAUUAUCCGGGAACACUUCAUUUUUUGGCAGGUAUAUCAUGACAGUGAGGAAGGACAGAGAUAUAUACAAUUUUAUAAAUUAGGAGAUUUUCCCUAUGUCUCCAUCUUGGAUCCACGGACAGGUCAGAAGCUAGUGGAGUGGCACCAGCUAGAUGUGACUUCUUUCUUGGAUCAAGUGACAGGAUUUCUGGGUGAGCAUGGUCAACUGGAUGGACUCUCCAGCAAUCCCCCCAAAAAAUGUGGCCGCUCGGAGAGCCUCAUAGAUGCAAGUGAAGACAGCCAGCUAGAAGCUGCUAUCAGAGCCUCUUUGCAAGAGACACAUUUUGAUUCUACACAGGCAAAACAGGACAACCGCUCAGAUGAAGAAUCUGAAUCUGAACUUUUUUCUGGAAGUGAGGAGUUCAUAUCAGUUUGUGGUUCUGAUGAGGAAGAGGAGGUAGAAAAUCCUGCCAAAUCUAGGAAGUCUCCCCACAAAGACUUAUUGCAUAGGAAAGAGGAGAGCCGGAGGCCUCAGACUGAGCCCUCAGCUAGGACUGAGCCUGGAACUGCAACAAAUCACCAAGUACUGUCAGGCAUGGAUUCUGAAAUAUUGGAGGUGUUACCUGAGAAGUCAGAUGGACUUUCAGAAGGGCUAGAAAUGAAUGGACCAAAAGCACAGCUGAUGCUGAGAUAUCCAGAUGGAAAGAGGGAACAGAUCACUCUUCCAGAACAAGCUAAACUUCUAGCUCUGGUGAAGCAUGUGCAGUCAAAAGGAUAUCCAAAUGAACGUUUUGAACUUCUCACCAACUUCCCUCGAAGGAAGCUUUCUCACCUUGACUAUGACAUUACAUUACAAGAGGCAGGCCUCUGUCCUCAAGAGACUGUCUUUGUACAGGAAAGAAAUUAGCACCGUGGCCUGACCUCUCUCAGCUGCCCCUCGACCUUUUACUUGGGAUAACUUCGUCCCUGAGUAUGCAGUUUGGCUCCUAGGACCACAGAGCCAAACUGGGCAAGCGGCCCCCACCCACUCUCCUCUUUGUCUGGGCUCUUCUCAGCAUUUUUCCCUCUCUCUUCUGUCCUUCCUUCUCUCUCCUCUUUCUUCCUUGUGCCCCUUUAUCUGGUGACCAAAUGAAAACCUAAGUAUAUACCAUCUGUCCUAAUACUGACAGCAGGAAAUGCUUGUUCUAUUUGGGAAAGAGGGAUGCUGUCUUGCACAUCAUUCUCUAGAAAUAAGAAAAAUAACAUAACCUCAUUUUCCUGUAGCCUCAGAGGAAGGGCCAGAUUCCCCCUCCAAAAAAGGGAAAAAAAAGAACCACCUCCCACCCCCAAUUUAUUCUUUACUCUUGGGAGGGGAAAAAAAAAAAAACCCAAACCGGUUUCUUCGAUUUUAUUUUAUUUUAUUUUUUAGUUUCAUGUAAGAAAUAUCAUGUAACAAAAUACCCAGGCUUUGGCUUAUGUGGAGAAAAGCACUCCUUAUGAUAGUUUGUCACACACACACAAAAUUUAAAUUUCUCUUUCCCUCAUCUCUCCUGUAGAAGAAUAGUUCCAUGGUACAUAUGCUAUUGGGAAACUGAUUGUCAAAUAUGAGAUGAUAUAGAUUAGAAUGGCUUUCAACACUCCCGUCUUAGACAGUUUUUCUGUUGCUAUUAUUCAAAAUUAUUUUAUGGAAACCAUUGAUACCAACAUAGUAGGAGUGAAUAAUAAUUCAGUGAAAUUACUGAAUCCUUUAUAUCCAUUUUCAAGCUAUUGAUAUUUUAAGAUUUUCCAUAAUUUCAAAAACUUUUACUGUGUUUGGGAAAAGGAAUGUGUUUACUUUUAGGACAGCAUAGCGUUUCCUGGCCUCUUUGUUUUCUGGGUCCAACAAAAGGUUUAAAAAUGGCAGGAGAUUUUUUGGUUUUGUCUUUUUUUUUUUUUUUUAAGUUAUAGUUUUAACAAUCAUGCAGUAAAGUGGUAACUGUAAAUUAGAAAUUGGUCUUACUGUUGAUUUUUAUCUAUGGUGCUGUAGGACUGCCUCAGAGGAAAGAAAAAAGUAACUCUGAAUGGUGGAUUUCUUUAGUUAGAAAUAAUGCAAAUUCAUUUUAACUCCAGGGUAAAAUAGUUUUUAAGAGGUUUAUCCUGACUAAAUAAACCGCUACUUUAAGAUUUUGGUUCUGUCUUCACUAUUGCAGCCAAAGCAGUGGCAUCAGAACUGAAAGCAUCUUAAGAAAACACUUUUAAACUCAGUCCAUAAAGCAGCAUUUAAUAAUUGGAGUGAGAAAAGCUGCUCUUCGUAAUCUUCAACAGUUGUAUUUUUCCCUGCCACCAAAAACCUCAUUUAAAUUACAUGUAGGUAAAGUGAGAAUUUGAUAUUUUAGCUCCAAAGAAAAAAGCAACACUAUUCACUUACCUCUUCCUUAUUAUGAGCUAGCAGGAAAGUAGAGACUGGGGUAAAAAUGACAAUAAAACUAAAACUAUGUAGAGAUCAUACUAUAUAGCAUAUACCCAGUUUUGUCAUUGCUAUUUAGACUGGUUCAUUUCUGUACCUUAGAGGAAAAGCAAAUUGCUAAUGUUGGAAAUAAAGUAAAAACUUUAACUUGUAACUCAAAUUCAAAUAUAUUUUCAGAGACUUUUAGGCUUCCUAUUUUAAGAGAUCUAACAUUUUAGCACCCAAGAAUUAAAGGAGGAGGGGAUUAUCUUUUGUUAGUACACAAUUGUGGAAUGUGAUUUCUAAUGAUUGAUUGGUGAGGUAACCUCACUAAAGAAUGAAAUAUAUGUCUUCUAUAGGAAAAUCAUGGGAAAGUCUGUUUAUUCUUUAAUGGAUCUUUACAAAUGAAUGUCCUUACAUUUUCCUAAGUCUGUGUAAGUGCUUAUGUAUAAGUAUAUAAUUGUAUAAAUAUUUAUAAAUAUAUUUAUAUAAUUACAGUUUCCUGUAUGCAUUGAGUCAGAGUUAUCUAUCCAGAUUGGUGACUAAACAGCAUCACUUUGGUGUUUUUGCACAGGGUCCACAGAUUUGCCAGCAGCUUCUGAUGCCUUGCAAAAACACAACUUUCUUGGUAAUCUCUGCAAACAAUAUUGGAAGGCCUUAGAUAUGAGCACUUAAUUAAGGAGAAACACCGUGUAUUAUCAGUACACAGGAAGAAAUGGUGGAUUUGGAUUAGAAGGUUUCAGAAACCUUGAGUUUCCAGGUGGCAUAAGGUCAGGGUGUUUUCUAGGAGUAGGGGAAAGACCAAUGAAGUAGGUCAGCUUGUGAGGUACAGAUCUGACAGCUGAGUGUGUGAAAUAUUCUCUGGUAAAUCACUCAUUGAACUCUAUGCCCAGUUCCUUUGGUAGUCUCCUUUUUAGGAAAAGUAGCCAAAUUCAGAUGUAGUCUUUUCAAAUGUGGAUUCCAUUCUUUCUGAUAAAGCCCAGUCUUUAUUGGGUGAUUUUUCUAUUUAGUAUAGUGAAUCUUGAGGGCAGAAGAGAGGAUUGAGGACUGAAAACUGAAAAACAGGCAUAUGGAAAGAGAGCAAGGAUUCUCCCAUUCUAAGUAUGCUUUGGCCUUGAAGUUCAGAAUGUGUUUAUUGAAUUACUUUAUUUCACAAUAGAAAUAUAACUAUUUUAAUGUGGUUAAGGCCCUGUAAGCUACCAUUCUCUCAAUGGAGUGGGUACUUUAUCUUAACAUUCUCCAAUCCCAGAAAAUUUUGUUGCUGCUCUACUUAAAAUUAAUUCACUUCCUUUUUAAAUACCUUUUUUGUCUUCAGAAAAUCUUUAAACAGUGAUUUUUGGCUAUUUUGGAGGCAAAGAGCAAAGUGCUGUGGUUUAGCUAUGGUGGAGUUCUUUUAAGUAGGUUGAGAAAGAAGCACAUUGGUUGUACAUUUUGGCUUCUUUCAAUAUUUCUCUUGCAUUUGAGUCUCUCUCUCGACUAAGUAAAGGGAGAGAAUACUGUGAUUGUAAAAGCCCUUGUCUUGCCCUAGUUUAUGAAAGUACUGUUUCAGGAGGAAGAUUGUUGAGAAGAAAUGGUUUAAAUGAACUACACUAAAUGGUUGCGUUACUGGUCUAAGUGGUAACUGGAAGUAAGGGAGUCAAAGAUAAAGAAACUAUUGUCAUCUGAAGACAAGAAUGUGUGAGCACAGUCCUCUUACAGUAUUUAUUUCCUCUAGUUCGAUGCUUUUUCCUAACCUGAUUUGAUCUUCAAGAGAAAACAUCUCUAGGGUCAGCAUCCAUAUACACAAAAGUAUAAUUUUACACAACAAUUCAACUACUUUGACAGCAAUGGUUAUUUUCUUCAGUACACUAGGGCAAGAUGGGAGGGUGUUUAAUAGGUGGGAAGGCUUGGGGGGAGGGGGGAAUGGUGGGAAGGGUACAUUACCUGAGAAAUAAGCCAGGUCAGAGGAGUUAUUUGAAAACUGAUAGGGAAAAGUGAGUUCAGGAGAAUUUAAGAUAAAGAGUUACUUUAAAAUUUGACCUAGGAAAGACCCACUGAAAGACAAGAUUUUUAUAACUUGGGAAAAAAGAUUGUUUUUAGUUAUGGUAGUCAGUUCUAUUUCAAAGGUACAUUUCUCCCUUUAUUAACAAAACUUAAAGUUUAAAAUUGUUGGACUUUAAUUUGGCUCUAUUAAAAUAAAGGAAGGAAAAAGGGAAAGAUGGUAGCAAAUUUUGAAAAGAACUUAGCUUAAGCAUAGAAAGUUCCUAAUUGGCUGUUUUGAAGAGCUAGCUUUUAAUACUAAUUAAGAAAUUGUUUUUUUGAAAGGGAAAAAAAAUACUUCAGUUAUUAAAUUGUUUGCCAGGAAUAAAAAGAAAAACACAUAAUUACUCUUGUCAAUGUACUUUUACAUCUUUAGGAAAGGAAAGAGUCUCUUUAAGUCUUCAAAUAUCAGUAGUCUCACUAUCUGUUGUUUAAGGCUUUUAUCUAUAACAUCUCAUUUGGGUAUCACUUAUCUUAUUUUCCUCAGUUAAGCUAAACAUUUUUAUGAUUACACAAGUGUCAUAGUCAGAUCUUCCUAACUCCCAGGUUCAGCACUACUAUAUUCUGCCUCUCAUUUGUUCCAUGUUUGUUGAAUCCUGACUGUUCUGUGACCCAGGAGAGACUCAUGAUGAACUCCUUAAUAGAAUAUUUAAAAUAAACAAAAAAGCUUAGUAUAGAAUCCUGAUUUUCAAAGAUCUUGAAACCUAGUUAGGGGGACACAACACAAUGAAGCAAUUAGCUUGAAAAAUGUAUUAGAAGUUCAGAGAAAAUAAAGAGCAGUGUGGACUAUAGUGAUUAGAGAUUUUAAUACAGUGACAAGUUCCUUUACUCCUUUUCUUGCCACAGUUUAUGGCAUGAUUGGAUCCUUUUUUAAAUUUUAAUGUCACUUUUAUCAAGAUUGCCAACAACUGGAUUAGAUUUCUAGGUUUAGCUGUGAGACUAUAGCUUACUCAGUGAAUAUCCCAUAUGUAGACACUUAAGAUUAAUUGAAAGAACCUCUAGUACUUAAUACAACUUGGAAUCAAGCUUCUUGUCACAUGUCAAGUCAUUCCUAGACGCCCUCUCAUUUUAUUAUAGGUUGUCCCAGAAGACUUUGGAGUCUUCUUUUUGCCCUCUGUUCAAGAAAUGGUUUUUUGACCAAUAAUCAGUCCCUGCCUGCUAAAAUUCAAUAAUGGUCCAGUGAUGUAACGCUUUAGUCCUUUAUUCCUGAUCAACAUUGUCUCCAAAUAAAAAAUAAUCAAGCCCCAUUGGUAUAAUGACAUUGAACUUUUUUUGUUUUGUUGGCUAUUCUUUUUGCUGAAACAGCCUGGGUAAUUUUGUGAAGAUUGGUUUUUAGAAUCUAGAUCUGUCUUUUUGAGUGUUUUGUUUGUUUGUUUUUUUAAGAAACUUUCCAAGAUUCCCCUAGGCUACAAGUUAUAAAAAUAUUUCUUACUUGCAGUAGUAGAGAGAGUUUAUUUUUCCAGGAGUUCCUUUUAUCAUAGGCCCACUUAUUCUCCAUCUCUUUCCCCCCCAUCCUAUUAAAUUGACCUGUGAAAAGAAAAACUGAUAAAGGCAUUUCCCUAUGUUCGUUUUUGUCAUAUUUUCCCCAUAUUUUGCACUUUGUGUCUUAGAAGCACUUAUCAUGUUAGGUGUUCACCUCCUUUAUUACCUUCAGUGUUAAAAAGGAUUAAGUUUAUAAAGUUGAACACAAAUGGAAAAGUAUUCCUUCAGCUAUUGGGAACACAUUCUCUGGUUUGUCCUGUUCCUUAAGUAGUGGAGUUUAUUUUAUUUUUAUUUUUUAUAUUUUUAUCAACUAUAUAUAAAAGCCUUAGCAUUCCCCAACAGAGGAAUGGCUUUUCAAUGCUAACGGUAUUGAUUGAAUUUUUAACAAACGAAUGUGUUGACCUACUGUCCUACAGGAUUUUUUGCCUUUUCAACAAUAACUUUCUAUCCUGUGAGACAGCACUGCUAAGAUAACUUGCUGUCAAGUACAGUUUCAAGAUGAAUGAUUUGAAGGUCUUCUGCCAUUGAAUUCAUAUUUAUUGAUUAUGAGAGUUUAUAUUUGCUGUGACACUUUCCUUGAAACAUGCUGUUUUCUCUGUUGUCAAUUUAAAAAAAAAACAUUCCUUGAAAAUUUGAUUGUUGCAUUGAGUUGUGUUUAAGGGAGCUCAUUUUCUAAAACUUAGUAUCUGACCUAUUUAUGUCACUUUUGGAAAAGUAGCUAAGAAAAUCUUUUUCCAGAAACAAAUCGGAGGCGAGUGUCCUCCCUGUGCUCCUUGUUGGGUCUUUUUUGCUCUGUAGAGUUCUGUUGGCCUCAGAAGGGAGAAGCAGAUACUAUAAUUACUACAUUACUGAAAGCCUGUAAAAUAAGCAGACUAGCAUUUCCCUCUUAACUCAUUUGUCAAAAUCUUUGCUUAUUUUUUCUUUACAUGUAGGAGGGAUAAACUCUGAAACUUGUGUGGUAUGUGUCACAGAAUGCCAUUGCAGUGCCUGGCUCACUUAGUCAAAGUGAUAGCUAUUAUAAUUUGUGAUUCAGGCUUUUUUUUUUUUUUUUUUUUUUUGCCAAAUGAUACUGUUUGAAGUGAAAUUGAGUUAAUGGUGAUCUACUUUAGUCAGAAGUUUAUCAUACCUGGGAACUAAUGGUAAGACUUAAAAUAAUAAAGUCAGAAGAAGAAACAUCUAUGGUGAUCUUGCCUAUGCAAUAUAGGUUAAUAUAUUAAUUUAUGAAUAUUACAGCUUGCUGUGUUGAAUUUGGGCCAUAGUUAAGAGCAGCAAUUAGUCACUUCUACAAAAAUAUUAUUGCAAAAAAAAAUAAUUCUUGCUAAAUUCCACCAAAAAAUUGAUAUCCUUGUUGAGGACUCAGUCUUUUAAAAAGUAGAACUAAAUAUGAAUGUUAAUUGGUUUUUAAAAAGAAAAAAGUUUAUUGGACUAUUUUUCCUUGCCACAUUUAACCAAUGCUAAGUAAAAAUGAAGUUAUCUCACACAGUACUUUGCACGUAAAGGGAUUCAGUAUUUAGUGAAUAUGAUCGACUUCGUAAUUCAAAUACCCGUGUGGUCUUGAAAUAGAAUUCUCCUAAUGGCAAAAUUCUUUCUUUGCUUUCUGACAGUCUCCCAUUGGGCAGGGGAUCAAGUAGCAAGCAACUUUCAGGAGAUAGAUGUGAUUUGUUAUUAUUUUUAUCCCUUCAUGCAUCUUUUCAUAUUUAAAGUGUCUGGUGUGAGUUAUGAGUAUUUGUCUUUGAGUGGCAUUGGAAUCUAAAUUCUUUUGGGGUACCUUGCUGGUAGUGUGUGACAAGAUCAGACAAAUAUGCCUUUCUCAGUUUUUAAAAUGGAAAACUGUCAGUUCAAUAAACAGGUAUGGCUCAAAACAUGAAUAGAUGUGUCACCUUAAUCUGUGUUUUCUUAACUGCUCUUUGACUUUUCUGAGUUUUUCUCCCAUAGAUUAACUCCACAUAUAGUGAAUUUUAUACCACCAAAGAAUUUCUUUAUAUUUUGAUUUAUCAGGAUGAGAGUGAUUUGUGCCCUUCACUUUUUAAAGCUUGUGAUAUAAUCUGUUUAGGGCCUUGGAGUCUUAAACCUCCUCAUUUUCCCAUGUUGGUAAAUAGGUUUAGGAAAACGUAAAAUACUUGCUGGGAAACAAGUGUUAAUGCUUUGUCAUAAUUUUCAUUUGGUUCCUUUUCCUUUAGGUAUACAGCACUGGAUAAUCUGUUAAGUUUAACAGUUCUAAGAGCUAUGAAUGUGAGGAACAAAGAGAUUGACAACUAGUGCUUUAGUCCUCAUUCAUUAGAUAAAGUGCUUAUUUAGUUCCUUAAAAGGACUUUUUCUAGAGCUAACUGCUUACCCUUUGACUCUUGUAAAAUACUGUGUAGUCAUUUUUUUUUAAAAUCAUACAAAGAAAUUGUCAUAAAUAUGUGUAAGUUCCAUAGAAAAGUCAUGCUUAUGGACACUUUGUGUUCAGUUGAGUCAUCUGGGGUGUAAAAUUCUAGCAUGCUUUUUACCAGUUGUUUAAUUUAUUUUCAUGUUUUUAUUUCCCCUAUCCUACUUUCCAUGUUAUUCUGACACAAUCAAGAAAUGGAAAUUUUCAACAAUUUGAUUUUUUAAAAAUAAUAAAACCAAGAUGAACAUUUAAUUGAGAAAUUACUAACAAAAUUUAGAAUUUUCUUAGGAAGUUGUAAAUUCCAUUAUUCUAACAAAGGAACUUGUGUUACCAGUAGUGUUACCAACAUUGUUCAAGGAGAGGCUUCUGGAUUUGAUUCCUAGGUUAAACCCUGUCAUAUUGUUAAACCCAACCUGUUAGCAGACGAAAGAAAGAGUUUCAUAAAAGUAUUUCUAGCUUGUCCCCUAUGCUAAGAUGAACAUUUGAUUUUUUCUGGGCCUUUUAUCCCAUGGUGCUAAGUGGUGGUAUUCCUUUUUGUGGCUAUUCCUAGUGCUAUAAAGUUCUGGGACUAGUGAAUGAAGGGCACGGAAAGAACGUUAGUGUCAUUUUUUCAAAACAAAAAAACUUCGUAUAUUUCUAGUAAGUGGUCUUUAAGGUACUGAGAAGGCACAAGAAUGUGGCAGGAAAUCUUAAUGAGGCAGAAAAGGAUGACAUUGGUUAAGACAUCUUUAAAUCCGAUUCAUAGUUCCAGUUGUGGAACAUUUAAGCCCACAGAAUUUUUAGAUUAUUGGAUGUUUGCUUAUAUCUAUAAUUUCUAAAUUAGGCUCUCUUUCCAGUUGGUGGUGAUCUAGCUUUGGCCAUACCAAAUUGUGAAUAUUCCUACUAUGUUGUACCCAGUUGCUUUAUACUGAUACUGCAACUUGAAGCUGGGGGGGUUGGGGGAGGGGGUAGGAAAGUCUUCUUUAGACAUCAGCUCACUGUGCUGAGAGAGGGACCAAACUCAAGGAAACCUCUGAUCUAUAAACACAACUGCUGCAUUUUUUUUAUAAAUACAUGUAAAUGUCCUGUUGUAAUAUUUGAUCUUGGAAAUAAAAACAAAAACUGUUUUCAGUA